AUGACGGCUAUUGUCAACAUCCUUGGUCCAAAAUGCGGAGAUCUGGCGGUGAUGGUGAUCCAUGUCUUUGGCGGUUUGGAUGAAACAUUGAAACACGGGGAGUUGUUUGUUCAGCAGGGCUGUGGGGGACAAGAGCCCCAGGGUCGUGUUGAGUCGCGUGAGACGGAUCACAUGGGCUACAGGUUAAUCACAGCUAUGGGAAGGGCACGGUUACCCCUCAGGAUCCCCUGCCCUAUUCUUGCCAUGUGCUCACUUUCAGGCGCUCCUCUCAGCUAA